AUGCCAAGCCCAACUCGUCGUUCAUCCAAGUCCAGGUCCAGGAGCAGGAGCAGGUCAGCCUCCGCCUCCCCAGGAAAGGCAGCAAAACGUGCUCGUUCCAAGACCCCAAGAAAAGGAAAGAAGAGGGCAAGGUCUCCAUCCAAAAAAGCAAGAAGGAGGUCUAGGUCUACCAAGAAGACAGCAGCUAAGAGGAGGAAGAGGUCCUCAUCACCAAAGAAAAGGAGGUCUGCUGGAAAGAGGAGAGUAAGAGCAAAGAAAGGAGGAAACAGAAGGAGGUCCAGGGGAAAGAAAGCCGCAGCAAAGAAAUAA